UCCAGUUCAUUUUCAAAACGCCAGAUCAGAAUGACGGAUCGCGGAUUAUAGGUGGCAAGAUCAGAUGAAACGCAUGGCGAUUAGCUCUUUAACAGCCUCUCGGAUCGGAUGUCAUGCUCAUAGAAACAGCUCGCAUCGUGCUUGUGUUCGGGUCUCCGUCGACGACACUUGUUUGAGAAACAUGGCCCCAGCGCUAUGGUUGAAUAAAGCUAGCCGCACUGCUCUAUCCUGACAUACAUCGAAUCUCUCUUGUCUUCUCAUCAUCAGCAUCCCUCUUGAACUAGAAAUCAGCCUCCUCAUCCAAAAUGACCACAACAUUCACCAAAACGCACCGUCUCCCCCCCUCCAUCACCCGCUCAACAGCCCUCACCUACCUCCACAACCACGCCUUCAUCCUCUCCGCCGACAGCAACCUAACCUCCUACACCUCCCUCCCUACCUCUACGCCCUCUCCGCUCCCCACCGAACACCAAUCCAAGAAAAUAGCCGAAACGCGCAUCUACACCAUCCGCGACAAGGUGGCCGACGUCCCCGGCGGGCUGUGGAGCUCGGACGUCGAGAGUGCGGGCGAGUACACGAAUUUGACGGAUGGGAUUUUUCUAAGGGGGAAGAGCCCGUUGAGUGUUGUGACGGAGACGGUGAUUAGGGUUGAAGGGGCGGAAGGGGAGGGGGAGGGAGAGGGGUUGGUGAUUAGGUGUGAGAGUCGGGUUAGUUGUUCGCGGUUGAUUGUGGGGGUUAUUAAGGGGAGUUUGGAGAGGAAUUUGGAGGGGUUGGUGGGGGGGGUUGUGAGG